AAAAAAGCGUCCGUUAACCGGGAGGAAGAGGGCGAGCGUCCUGCACGAGGACAGGUAAAGAUCUGCUGAUGUUUGAAGAACAGGUAGGAUUUUUAAUGAGCCGAACAGGAGGGUGAGAGUCAGAUUAUUAAUGUUGUUUCUGUUAAUGAAUGAGUUUACAACCGAGAGAGAGGGAGAGAGAGGGAGAGACAGAGAGAGAGAGAGGGAGAGAGAGAGGGAGAGGGAGAGAGAGAGCAUCAUUUCUGCUUCAUCACACUGCAGCUCAGGCUCAGUGUGUGUGUGUGUGUGUGUGUGUAUGUGUGUGUGUGUGUUUGUGUGUGUGUUGUUGCAGCGGGGUGUUUCCUGCUGCAGGACACAAAGACUCAAAUACUACCGACCCCAAAUAAAACAACCUUUGCAAAGCUGCCACGUACAUGAUAUAUAUAUAUAUAUAUAUAUAUAUAUAUAUAUAUAUAUAUAUAUAUAUUAUAUUUAUAUGUAUAUACAUUUAUAAAUAUACAUAUAAUUCAGUACAGUGUAAAAUCUGUAAAAUAAAAAAAACGAGAUUAAUUUUUUUCAACUUUAUUUGUAACUAGAUUUAAAAUCAUUUGUGUUUCUGUAAUUCUGUUUUUAUGUAUGAAGUAUAAUUCUGUCAGGACUAGUUUGGUUUAGGAGAACCCUAAUAACAGUUACAGUUGUUGUUUAGGUUCUGAUCUGACCCUCCGCAUGUUUAUAUGGAAGGAUAAAGUCUUUAUGUGAAGGCCUAUGGGUGUAUAUAUGAGGAACUGUGGCAGGGAGAGCAGCAGCAAAGUGUGAGACAGAGCAGGACUCAGGUAAAACCAGACGCAGUUGUUGGAUCAGGAGAUAUUGUGUAUUUAGAUGAAACUGGAGAGAGAGAGAGGUCCUAAUUUUUAAUAGUUAGUCAUGAGAAUUAAGUGUUGGUAAAAUCAAAAUAAAGUUUUUAUCAUGUCGAGAGGUUAAGGUCGUGAUCGAGUCAGAGUUUACAGUGAGCGGUCGACGGUCUGAGACGUGUGACUAUGCACUGAACACCUGUAUCCUUAUAAGGUCGGCUGGAGCUGUUUAAAUGUCUGUCAUGUUGAAGGUGAUUGGCUGAGCUGUCCGAUGAUAUGAGAUGAGCUGAUGCUCUGUGGGCCGAGCCUGCCUGAACUAACACUGUACUAUAAUAUUAAAUAAUAUUACAGUAUAUUAUUCAUUUACAUUUAUGACACAAAAAAGAGGAAAAUUCCACCACACCCCCCUCAGCUGACCUACAUCAUCAUCUUCAUCAUCUUCAUCAUCUGUUUGAACCAGAUUACAUUAGAUUGUCUCUCUAAUCCCCCCAAGUAACCAUGGCAACCCUUCACCUGACAGCUGGAGGGGUCAGUCGAUAGUAACCAGCGGGCUCAGGGUGAUGACUUCAUCAGUCAGCGACAGUGAGACUCUGAAAUCUCACCUCUGUGUGUGUGUGAGGAGCUGCUGAUGUGUUUGUUUUUAAUGAAUGAAACUAUUUAGCCUGGAACCCGCCAAAAUAAAAGCACCAGAGGCCACUGCUGUGAUUCAGAAAAGGCUGGAAGCAGAGUCUCAGUCUCAGAGCUGAAACAUGAACGAAAACUGAACGUCAGACAUUUAAGAUAAAUUUAAUUUUCUGAUGGUCUUGAUUGAUUAAGUGUGUCCACUCAUGACUGCAGCUCUGACUCUUUUUCCUGUUAGCAGUUUAUUUUGUAUCCUCUGUGUUCAGACAAUCUGCUGCUAUUCAGCAUGCUAAGGUGGAAAUACAACAUUUACUAUAUAUGCUUAUAUAUAGAUUUAUUUCUUCACAUCAGUGUCUGUUUAUCUCCUCUGUAGUUUUUAUCCUUUACAGAACUACUCUUGUCUUUUACAAAUGAACCAGUGAACUGAUUAGUUUUCUUAUUGAGUCGUCUUUUUAUCGUAUUGUAUCCUCUGUCAGUUUCAGGCGUCGUUUGAGUGUUAAAAAUGUUAAUUUUUGUUAAAGUCAGCAAAUUUCAUCGACAUACUUGAUACACUACACAUCAGAAUGAUCCUUUUUGUUUGUUAUUUUUUGGUAUCGCAGCAUUUUCCUGACAGCCAAUCAGAUUUCAGCUCUAUAUAUUCUCUUAAAACGGUGGUAUCAUCCUUUUAUAGAUUUUCAUAACAAAUGUUAAUCAUAAUGUUGGACCUCAGUACUAAGUUUCAGGUUGUAAGGUUAAUGUGUGUCCUCUGAUGGGACUACGAGGGGCUCUGAUUGGCUCGUUCAAAAAGUCCCCUAAAACCCGACAGUGAAUCGCCUUAAAAGGACAAAUUUGUCAUUUUAUUAAAAGAAACAUGACUUUGUUAGAAGGCAACAGUGAAGGAGGCCUCAAGAACGCUGGGUUCUGGAAUAGUGGGGGACAGCAGCUUCACUGAAGUGUCUCAGACAGAGACUGAAACGAGCAGAAGUCUCAGAAAUAGAAAGAAUAAGAAGAUUUGAUGAACUGUAAAUGAUGUAAAGCUGCUCAGGAGCAAACAGAGGGAUGACCUUGUCAUCACUUGCUCUCAGGUGAAUCACCAUGACAACAGAGCCAGGUGAGCCCCAGGAGGCCCAGCCCAAAGAGGCGGAGUCUUUUCCUGAAGCCGCUGCCCACUCCACACCUAAACAGGUGAGCGAACAAAAACCAUCUGAUCACAUCACGGAUCAGUCAGGUCGGAUGAUGUCACAGUACUUCCUGUCUCCUCAGGGCGGAGAGGGCACGCCGCCUCGGAGCCAGGCUAAAAGCUCGCUGACUGAGGACUCAGGCAGUCACCUGUCAUCGAGCGGUCGUAUCGCCCGGUCUCCGGCCAGAACCCUGAGCUUCAGGACCAUGCAGGCCAGAGUGACCCUGCUGGACGGCUCGCUGUUCACCUGCACUGUGGAGGUAAGGCGAGGAGGCCGGAACAGACGGACUAGUAAAACCAACAAAAACCCAGACCUCAGACAGAACCAGGAACAUGAGACUGACAUGAUCCACCAGGACCAGAAAUCUGAGCCUAUAGCGGAGUUUAUGGCUCCUCAGACCGCUGUAUUACUAUCCUGCAGUCGUUACUAAAGUUGGUUUAACUAGAGAAGGAAGUGGUCGACAACAUUCAUCUCUAGGGGGGGGUCUAACUUGGUGUUACGGUGUGUUUGACCCUAAAUUAAGUUUACGAUGGAAUAUCCCUUUAAGAGGUGACGGUUUCUGACCAUGAAGAGGGUUUUAAAUGAUGUUCCAGGUUCUUAUGAGGAGGAGGUUUAACUCAUUUGUUCAUGUUGAUGGUUGAUCUGAGUCAGACAGACAGACGUCUAACUAACUCUAAAUCUUGAGGAUCACUGGACCUGGAUCAGAACUCUUUGAAGACAAACCCAGGACCACAGGAACCUUUAACUCUCUCCUGUCUUCUACAGAAACGAGCUCGCGGCGUGCAGCUGUUCGAAAAAGUCUGUGAACACAUAAACCUGCUGGAGAGAGAUUACUUUUCCCUGUCCUUCAGAGACGCAGACAACAACAAGGUACCUGUCUGUCUGUCUAUCUGUCUGUCUGUCUGUCUGUCUGUGAGUCUGUCCGUCUGUCUGAUCUGGUGUCUUCUCUUGUAGAACUGGUUGGAUCCAGUGAAGGAGAUAAAGAAGCAGGUCAGAGGUCAGUAUUUAUGUUUUACACGUUGACAUGUUACCCCUGACAGGUUUCUGUUAUUAUAGUCCAGGUUUACCGCCCUGCUCUCUGUCUGUCAGGUAUUCCCUGGAACUUCUCCUUCAAUGUCAAGUUUUACCCUCCUGACCCGGCUCAGCUGUCUGAGGACAUCACCAGGUACCUGAUGUUAAAACUCCACCGUUGUCGCGUGGUUUUACUCCUUUGUUUGUUUUUUUUUUGUACCUGAUCUCGAGGAAACCUGAAUCUGUGUCCCUCUCUGCGCCCGCAGGUACUUCCUGUGUCUCCAGCUCAGACAGGAUAUAGUUUCCGGUCGUCUUCCAUGUUCAUUUGCUACUCACACGGUCCUCGGCUCCUACACCAUCCAAUCAGAACUUGGAGACUACGACCCUGGUACUGUCCUAAACCAAAUCAAGCUCCACUCAUGUCAACAUUUUGUUAUGCCAGUUUACCCUGAUCGACCCUUUAGUUCCCAGUUUAACAAAAAUACAGUCUUACCAUGUUUUUAGUAUUUUACCUCGUCUAACCGUCCUAUCUCUACACAUAUGAACCCCUUCUGAGGCAGAUAAAGGUUUAUCUCAAACCAUUUUCUCACAGUUAACCCUGUUAUUACAUUUUUGACCUAUUUUACACCUUAUUAAAUCCCAUUUUAAGCUGUUAUCCCCGUCGUACCCUGAUAAACCCCCCUGACAGAAACCUGCUGGAGCUCUGAUCCAGUCUGACUGAUGCUUGUUGGACAGUGUAGAGUCGUUGUGUUGUUUCUACAUCUGUGUCAACACGGCGCUGUAUUUAGACUAUUGUAACCUGGAUUAUUAUGAACACGACUGUGUGAGUGUAUCAGGCGGGAUAAAGCAAAAGGUCUCACUGUUGUUAUUACAGCAGGUCAGGAUAUAAAUAAAUCACAUUUUAAAGCUGAAUUUGGACUCUUUACGGGUCAGAUCUACCUGCUGGUCUGUCUGUCCGUCCGUCUGUCUGUCUGUCGGUCUGUCUGUCUGUCUGUCUGUCUGAUGGGACUCGUCUGUCUGUCUCUCUGCAGAUGAGUGUGGAGCAGAUUACGUCAGUGAAUUGUGUUUCGCUCCGAAUCAGACUAAAGAGAUGGAGGAGAAGAUCAUGGAGCUGCACCGAACACACAGGUUUGAUAAUCCCUACUGUAAAGUCUAGUUAAUAUUUGACUUUAUGUUAUAGUUUACUAUAAUUAUACUAUGCUAUCUCAUAUGUUAUAAAUGUGUGGAGUGUGUAAUGACAUUAAACUGAUGUGUGUAUUUGUGUUUAGAGGAAUGACCCCGGCUGAAGCAGACCUGCACUUCCUGGAAAACGUCAAAAAACUCUCCAUGUACGGAGUCGACCUUCAUCACGCAAGGGUAAAUACACACACACACACACACACACACACACACACACACACACACACACACCAUGAUGGUGUCAAAGAUGUGUGUUUCAGUAUCAGAAAUAAGAAGCGUGUAUAACUGCGUUCACUCUUGUCUAAAUUAGUUGUUCUUGUUUCUUCGAUGUUUGAACUCGUCAGUCUUCUUAGUUAGUUUGUUUGUGAGUCUGUGGAGUAAAUCAGAAACCGAGACCAUCAGAACGAUUAAAAAAUCAUUUCCAGGAAAAAAAACAAUUUAAUUUAUAUUUUUAUUAAACUUUUGAGUUUUUGUCCCAUAAACAUAUUUCUGCAUUAAAGCAUCGAUCAACUCUGAAUGAUGACUGUGACAGCAGCACAGUCUGAUCUAUCAAUACAUGACCCACUUCCUGUUCAUGAUCAAUCGUUUGUCUGUGUGUGUGUGUGUGUGUGUGUGUGUCUGUGUGUGUCUGUGUGUGUGUGUAUUGAUUUUUCCAUCAUAGUUGUUUCCAUUGUUCACUCUCACAGAAGUUUUCUCUGUUCAGUCGUGUGUCCUGUCCUCAGAUCACGCUGAUCACCAUCAGUACAAACAUCUAUACCUUCAACUUUAAUCAAUAAUUCAAUCAUAAUCCAUUCAUCCAUUUUCCAUUUCAACAUUAACGUUUUUCCUUCCACCCAUCAAUCAAUCCAUCCAUUUAUCAAAGCCAACCAAAACCUCUAUCCUUAACCUGAUCGAUCCUUCUAUAGCUAAUAUCAACCACCAGGUUUGCCGCCAUGACAGGAACAGGAAGUGAUGACCACGUCCUCCUGCAACCACCUCCAGAAAUUAGACAUGACUCACUCAGACUGUUAGAGUCCAUCCUGACCCGGAUCACCAAACUAGUCCAGGUCCAUCCUCAGUUCUAGAGAUAAGAGUUAAUUAUUAAAAAAACUGCUGAUCUCACGAAAGGAGUGGAUUUUACAGUACAGAGAUCUAUACAGCAAAGAAAAUAGAUCUAUACGAUAGAGAGCUAUACGACAAAAUAUAUGGAUCUAUAUGCUAGGGAUCUAUAUGACAAAAUAUAUAGAUCUAUACGAUAGAGAUCUAUACGACAAAAUACAUGGAUCUAUAUGCUAGGGAUCUAUAUGACAAAAUAUAUAGAUCUAUAUGAUAGAGAUCCAUACAACAAAAUAUAUAGAUCUAUAUGAUAGAUCUAUUCGACCUAAGUAAAUAGAUCUAUACGAUAGAUCUUUAAGAUGAAGAUCAAUACCUCAACGUAUAUAGAUCUAUACAAUAGAGAUCUAUGCAACAAAAUAUAUUAGUCCAUAUGAUAGAGAUCUAUACGACAAAAAAAUUUAGAUCUAUAUGAUAGAGUUUUAUACAACAAAAUAUAGAUUUAUACGAUAGAGAUCUAUACGAUAUAUCAACAUGACAAAAUAAAUAGAUCUAUAAGACAGAGAUCUGUAUAACAAAAUAUAGAGAUUCAUAUGAUAUAGAUUUAUACGUUAGAAAUCUAUAAGACAAAAAUAUAUAGAUCUAUAAGAUAGAGAUCUAGACCGCCCCCUCUUACUCUCUCGAUGCGUCACGUUAUUGUUUUGUGAGGCGUGCAGAACUAAGCGCUCUAUGGUGUGACUGCAAAUGAUGUUGAUGACUCAAACCCGUCGGGGCUGGUCCUGAUCUGGACCCAGUUUAUGAUUCCCAUUCCUACUUUAUACACAUUUAGGUUCUCAGGUCUGAUGGGCGGCGUGGUUCAGCUGAUGCAGCUGAUGGUUAUUUUUUAAUAACGCCGUGUUCUGACUCAGCAAAGUUACCCACAGGGCUGGUUUUAUCCUGUUCCUGCGCUCACCUCAGAUCAUGAAUGUAACAUCAGAGGCAGAGUAAAGAAGGGUUUGUAAAAUGUAGGAGAGCAUCAGACGGCUGUGUGCGCAAAUUUGUAAAAAUUUGGACUGGGGUGCAAAACUGCUGCAGUCCCAGUCGUACGAAUGAUCUGCAGUGAGGCUGCAGUGGAGAGAGAGCAGAGGUGUGCAGCACUGUCAGACAGAGAGCAGGGGGAACAGGUUUGGAGAGGGGGGUUUUAGGGACAAACUGAGUCUAGUGAGUGGGUUAUAUGGUGGGAAUAUAUCACAGACAGGAUCAGGCUGCUUGUAAAGAUGAAGCUGUUUGAGACAUUUGUCCUCGUGCCGCUCGAAAAGACAAGGUCAGAAAACGUUUCACCUCACAGAGAGGGAGAGAGGGUGUUUUUUCAGAAGGGGAUUAAAAAUUAAAGGACUGUGGUGGUGCCGUCUUGAACUGUCACUUUCAGAUCAGCUGGUCUCCUUUCUUUUUGUCCUGUCUGUCUGUGUGUGUCUGUCCGUCCGUCUGUAGAUGGUAGGAAGUCGCUCUGAUUGCUUUCCCUCAGCUCAGUCAGAGGUAAGACAGUUUCCUGUGUGCGGUCGUGUUCGUGUUUGUGUUUGUUGGACGUGUGUAAGUUUUCUUACAAACAUCUUCAUCUCAUCACCACAGACAAAUAACGGUCCGUCAGUCUGACUGAGCUCACAGGAGGACCGCUUAUUUGUCUGACGUGGACAUGAACAAAUCUCUGAAAACCUCCAACACCACAAACACAGUUCAGAGGUUAAAGUUCAGGGAGGUCAGCGUUAGCCGAGGUCAUAGCGAGGAGACGGCUCAGUCUUUAUUAAACACGGCUCUGUAGUCCAAACAGGUGAGUUUUACAUCAGUUCAGCUCUGUUCAAGAAGAAGAAACAUUUAGAUCAGUGUCAGUCCAAACUCAACCCAUAACGCUCAUCCAUUAACCCUUUCUGCAUCCAUUGUCAGUCGUCCUGUUGCAGUCCGCCUGCCGACUCUUUCUGCCUCCUCCUUCUCCAGCUGCGUCUGAUUCUGCCGGUGUCAUACUGUUUGUACUGUCGCUGAUGCCUGCCCUGUUCUGUACCCUGUUGUCUUUGCUGCUGCUCUGCCUGCCUUGGCUUUUCAUGUCUGCACAUCAGAAGGUGUGCUCUCCCCGCCUCAGGCUUUAGUUUUUCCACAAAUCCACAUGGAAGAGCGGGAAUCUCUCAGAACAGAACAGAACGUGUCUGUCUUUGACUCCAGUGUAAACACGCUGCUUCCUUUCUGCUGUGAAGUCGGACAAGUUCAACCUCAGUUUUCAUCACCUGAACAGACUGACUUUAAUCGUACGAUCUUUCAUGGGUUCAUGUGUUUGUUUGUGUUCAGGACUCGGAGGGCGUGGCCAUCAUGUUGGGCGUGUGCAGUAGCGGCCUGCUGGUCUACAGAGACAGACUAAGGAUCAACAGAUUCUCGUGGCCCAAGAUCCUGAAGAUCUCGUACAAACGCAACAACUUCUACAUCAAGAUCCGCCCCGGAGAGGUACGACAAAGACUCACUAAAGCGCCGCACACAUAACCUUCAGAGGAAACGGUUCAGAGGAGAUAUUCAAGGAUCUGAAUUUGACCAAAGACCAUUAUUGUGAGGGGGGAUCUAGAUUUAUGGUAGGAACUGUUUAUGGUUGGGCACCGUGGAGUCUUUGAGAUCUGGUUGUUCUGGGUAAUUUGGAAGUCCUAAAGGACAGGGACAGGGAACCUUCAUCACAGUCUCUGAUCUCAUUGGAGGACCCUGAUGUGUUGAAGUAUUUUGAUGAACCUACACUGGUCUGUCCGAUGGGUUACUGGGUUAACUGGUGGAGAGAGGAGACUGGGUCUGAUGGGUUCAGGUUGGUCCGUCAGGUUCAAGUGUCCUCCUGGUCCUGAUCCCUCAGGUUUAUCUCGUGUAAAAUGAACAUUAAUCUGAAUCAGCUGAUCAUAGAUAGAAAUGCUGGAACACGGUCAUUACUCACAGGUCUGUCUGUCCGUCUGUCUGUCCCAGUUUGACCAGUUUGAGUCCAUUAUUGGUUUUAAGCUGCUGAACCACCGAGCAGCCAAACGCCUGUGGAAAGUCUGUGUGGAGCAUCACUCCUUCUUCAGGUGGGUCUAGGAUGACGUCAUCAUCGUCACAACACGAACACUCUGACCGUCAUGUGAUCACUGUCAUGUGACCUUGCUCUGAUUGACCUGAUGACUGAAAACUCUCUUCGCCUUGACCUUUGCCCUCUGUCUGUCCGUCAGGUUGCUGUCUCCAGAGGAGACCCCGAAGAAGUUGCUCUCUCUAGGCUCUAAGUUUCGUUACAGCGGGCGGACCCAGAUCCAGAGUCGCAGGGCGAGCGCACAGAUCUCCAGACCUGCACCACAUUUCCCACGAUGCAUCAGUAAAAGGAACUUGCUGAGCCGCAGCCUGGAUGGAGGUACUCGUACUGAUCCCUAGAGGAGGUUUUAGGGGUACUGGACGGGUAAUACUAGUCUAACCCAGGAUUUCCACCGCAUCCGGAAUGGCGGCGAUUUUCGCUGUACGCCAGUUAUUAGUGGAUCCGGUUGUGAGGUGAAUCAAAACAACCCGCGGAUUCACGUGCGAUACCAAGUUGUCUUUAGCCACAUAGACAUAUAAGCAGUAGAUUGUGUCCUUCCAGAGGAGGAAAUCUACUUCUAGACUUCUAGAAUCAGCAUCUCCUCAUCCAUGGUGUCAUCGGGGUGAAAUGACGUCUAAAAACCUUUCACUUGUUCGUCUCCGCCCGUUUGCAUGGUGUGAAAUACGAUCCUCCUGAAACACGGAGCGUUUUAUUUUGAAAAGAAGCCGGAUGUUUUAUUUUGUGUCUGUGCCCGACUUCCUUUCCAGCACGGGUUAAUCUGUGCUGAAUUUAUCCGCCAUGCUCCGGCGUCCAGAAAAAAUAGAACUCUUGUGAUCAGCUGAGGAGUCCGGCGAUCCUCAGAGGAACGGAAAGAAGUCGGUGUAAAUUGACACGUUAACUUGAAUGGUUACCAUCAGCUACGAUCGGAGGAUACGACCUUUUCGUAGACUUUUGUAGACUGUAAAUUAGGGGUACCACUUUUUUGGGAAGGACAACUGGACUUUCUUGAGAUGUUUUACCUUAGGCGAAAACGUCCCAAGAAAGUCCAGUUGUCCUUUCAUGGUAGAAGUGUACGAUCGGCUGAUAAGACCUACUGGUAGCCGUUCUGGAUGUGGUGGAAAUUGGGGGUAAGUCGUACAAAGCUCAGUAGAUCAGAUCUGGUCUCAGUAGCACUGGUCUUGGUAGUACUGUCAUCAGUAAACCUGGUCUUGGUAGUACUGGUCUUGGUUUUACUGGUAUCAGUAGUACUGGCCACAGUUGUACUGGUCUCAGUAGAACGGGUCUGAAGGUUCAAGAAGCAGCGGUACCGCCUCAGUUUGAAGGAUCAGGGUUCGGUAUUUCAUUUUGUCUCACUCUGAUUGGUCUGCACUUUUUAUCCCUGUUGAUGAUCAAAGUUCUUAUUGGUUCUCAGCUUCGAGAGCUACGCCCACCGCCUCUAUGAUUGGCUCUCCAGCCAUCACAUCCUCCCCCAAAGCAAACGGUGGUGCUCACUCAGGUAGAGUCCCUCACUGCUCUACGCUGGAACGUACUCGUGCUGAAGCACUGUAGUGCUACUAGCGGUACUACAAUACUGUAGAAGUACUACAGUAUUACUAAAGUACAGCUCUGUGAUUGGCUGCAGCUCUGACUGCUUCCCUCAGCUUUUUAAGGAAUGCUGUAUUCUGAUUGGUUGUUGGGGCUGUACUAAGAUCUGUUUCGAUAUCUGUCCAAUGAGUGCUUAUGUUACAGCUGACGUCAUUGGGUCAGAUAUGGUCAGAUCUUUGUGCCCCGUUACCAUGGAGACGCAGGUUGUGGGUCAGGAUUACCGAGGUAUAAUUUGGGCUAAUGAUGAGAUUCAUUAGCCCCGCCCAUUCAGAGUGCGAGCCUGACAGAAAGGUCAUGUGUCAUUUUUGUUAGCAUGCAUCAUGCUAACGAGCAGUGUGUGACCUCAUGGUGGUUCUGAAUGCUGGUUGGCUGAUUGGCCUGUUCUGCUCUGCAUGUCACCCGAGCUCUGAUUGGCUGUGGCCCCUUUUGGACACCAUGGCUGGAAACUGUUUCAAAAUCACUAUGGUAACCACUGUCACAGUCAGAGUGUGUGUGUGUGUGUGUGUGUGUGUGUGUGUGUGUAGAUAUGGGUACCGGGCUGUACGGAGCAUCUAAAGCCAUUGCAGUCAGUGACCUCAUCACCACGGUAACCCCAGAGAGGUUGAUGGAGGAAAGGAGGGCGGAGCCAGGUACUGAAACGACAAAGAGUGACGAGUCUUAAGAUCACAUUCAAACUCCUCCUCUGUCCUACUCCUAACUCCUUGUCUCCUGCCUCCUUGUCCUCUAGUUGAAGAGGUUCUCGUGAUGCAGGAGAGGAUGGAGGAUGAAGAGGAGGUGGAGGAGGAGGAGGAGGAUGAAGAAGAGGAGGAAGAGGAAGAGGAGAGGAAGGGGGUAGAGGAGGAGAAAAUAGACACUGAAGUUUCUCAGCAGAGUCCUCCAACUCCACAAAAGCAAGAAACUAAGGUAGAGCACACAACUGUCUCACUGCCACCUGUCUCACUCUCUCCUGUCUCACCUGUGUCUCUGAUUCAAAGCUGUUUUUUUGUUUAUUGUCCAGACUGAGCUGACGGACACAGCUGUGGAAGGAGAGCUGACCAACACGGAGGUACAGAUAUUUUACAUUUGCCAAUCAAUCUGAAUUUAUUUAUUUAUACACUUGAAGGUGACCUUGACUGGGCCCCAUUUGUAAUGAUCUGAAGUAUUUAUCUGCAUUAUAUCUGAAUUUUGUGGGCGGGGCUUGAGGGGAGAGGAGGAGCUGAGGGGAGGAACUGUUUGGGAGGGGUAGAGUUUACAUUCAAGAUUUCUCCUAAAAACUGGAACUUACUCCGAUCCUGACGACACCACCUUUAAAACACAUAAAAGUACUUCAACACCUGAGCCUGAGGUGAACCUGAACUCCUCCAUAACUCCUCCGUCUGUCUGUUUGUGUCUCAGUCUGAUCAGGAUGAAGAUUUAAAGACUCAGGUGAGUUUGAUAUUUUCUCUUUUUUAUUCACGUUUUCUUUAAAGUAUCUGAUUUUUCUUUGUUGGUUCCUCUUCAGGACACUCUGGGGAGUCCAGAGGAGGAGCAGAAACCUCAGAGCACCAUCAGCGCUCUCAGACGCUCCUUCUUAGAGGAGGGAGCAGGAGGAGGAGGAGGAGGAGAAGGAGGGCUGACAGAGUGGGAGAAACGUCUGGCCUCCUCACCUCUACGACGGGUUGAUGACUCCCCGAUGAUCGAACCUCUGGAACUAGAAGAGGCAAGACACACACACACACACACACACACACACACACACACACACACACACACACACACACACAGCUGUAGGACAUCAUUGAUAUAAUCACAGACACUUAAAUGUCCCACUGUUUAAACUGACUCUGAACUAAGCACACACACUCUGUUAGUUAAUUGGUCCAGUUAGCUGUCAAUCAAACUCUACACUGAAAGAAGUCGCUGAAGCUCCUCCUCCUCCUUUGUCAUUGGUUAUUUGUCAGAAAGUGUGUGUUUAAUGUUGCUCACCUGUGCGCUCCAGGUGGGUGGGGUUUUAUCAAACCAAGCUUCUCCUCAGCCAGUGAAAGAGAAGAAUGUCACUGUUGGGCGGAGCUACGACACCACUUCUGGUACGAUUGUCACCAUGACGAUCAACGACACCGGCCCUGAGGUCACCAUGAUUCCUGGGGGUUUUGAGAUGGGCAAGCAGGUUAGAAUCAUCCCUCUGUCCACUGCUGAUGAUGUCAUCAAAGGUGGACAACUAAUUACAAUUCGUGAGGUGAAGACCCCGACCUCCCCGUCAGAACCACCUCCAGGCACCACUGACAUCAUCAGCCAUGUCACCAGUGUAUCUGACACCAGAAGAGGUGGAGCCAGAAGUCUGGACCUUCCAGAGGGCGGAGCCUCUCUGCUUGCUCCUAAAUCCCCACUGGAUGAGCUCAUCCUAAGCCCCGCCCUCUCUCCAGGUUACCUGUCAGGCAGGACGUCUCCCUCCAUGGCCAGAGUGGUAGGCAUGGAAACGUUAAUGUGGAGGACGCACUGCAGGAAAAUGACGCCAAAGCAUGGCUCACCUGAGCCGGUUCAAACUGAACACCUGAGCUCCAAAACCUACAGGAACUGGGGGGUGAGGGGGGGACCAGUCAGAGGCCAGGGGGUCACUGGGAGGUCAGGUGAUAAAAGGUGAGGUCAAGUGGUUUGUGGGAGGUCAGGUGAUAAGUGGGAGGCGAGGGGGUCACUAGGGGGUCAGGUGAUAAAUGUUGAUGUCAGGUGGUUUAAGGAGAAACAGGUAAUAAGUGUCGGGUUGGGGGUGAGAGGUGAAGUGAGUCGAUUAGUCAGGGGUCAGGUGUUAAAAGGUGAGGUCAGCUGAUCAGUGGGAGGUCAUGUAUGUAGCGGUUACAUCAGCUGAUCAGCAGAGAGGUCAGGUGAUCAGUUUAAACUCAGCUUUUCCUCUCCUUCAGAUUUAAAUAAUCUGAGUAUCAGAUUUUCCUUUUUGUGUCUGAAAUCAUUAAAUCCAGAUUAUCAGACAGCAGCUUCACACACACGUCAAACUGUGUUGAUAAAUGAAAUGAUCAUUUUUAUCUGCAUUUUAAAUUUGAACUUGAUUAAAACGAUCUUACUGCAGCCGCAACAAAAGACUGAUUUCAGACACAGCACUGAAUUUUUCUUUUUUUACCCAGAGUUCCUCACUGUUUUUGAUUUGCGCCUAGGGGCGGGGCUUUAUCUCUUUUUUUCUGCACCUAACCUCCUCUUAGGCUUUGUCCCGAUUGGCUGUUUUCCUUUCUGAUGCUUUCUUAGCUAGUUUAGGUCUGCAGCUGUUCGGAAGUUUGAGUUCAUAUUAGAUGGACGUCAGUUCGUUUGUUUUUGGCGCAACCUGUGGUAAGAGCUGGUACUACAGGUGUAAGACCCAAAUGAAUCACCCUAGCUGUGACAUCGUCCCUCUGACCCUGGUUUUGUCUGAAAAAAUUCUGAUCGGCAAGAGUUAAAUGAGCUUAUGAGGUAAGCUCCGCCCACUUUAUGGCUAACCAAUCACAGCUGGCUGAUGGAAAAGUGUAAUACUUUCAGACAAACGCAGACAAGUCUAUUCCGCAGGUAAUAUCUUAAAUGAAAAUAAGUUAUCUAUCAAAUCUGAUUUGUUGACCAAAUCACUUGAGAUUAGCUCGCUGCACACAUGGAAACAGCUUACCUGAGAGUGACCGACCUCCUUACAUGAGAGCAGUGAACCCUGAAGUAGGUCAUCAAGGUGCCGCUCACCUGAGAGAAGCUCACCUGAGCACCUUAGAUCCCCCGUGUUGAUCCAUUUGAGCGUCUCACAGCAGGUACUGAUGGACAGAUUUUCAGAAGUUUGUACAAAAUGAACAAUUGGAGUGAUGACCACACCCACGUAUCAUCACACACCUGGGCCACACCCCUUAACCAACCACGCCCCUGACCACACCCAGAACACGCCCCCUGCAUGGCUGCAUCUCUGCCUUUAGUUUCAAUGGAGAAGUGUCCUUUUCCAAAUAGUCAUCAACCCUUCCCUUUAACCUGUGUGUGUGUGUGUGUGUGCGUGUGUGUGUGCAGCCUAAACCUACCUUUGAUGAAAUGUCCCCUGAACUGACCGCUCUGCUAAAGUCAGCCAGAGAACAAAAAACCUUCAGAGAACACAACCUGCUGAAGGUGACUGGCCCUCUGCUCACCUGUCUGUCUGUCUGCUCACCUGUCUGUCUGUCUGCUUACCUGUCUUCACCCUCAUUUGUCUGUCUGCUCACCUGUCUGUCGACCUGUUUGGUUGUCUGUUUGCACCUCUGUUAGUGUGACUGCUCACCUGUCUGUCUGUGUAGUCAUCCACUCGCUCACCUGUCUGUCGGCCCAUCUGUCUGAUUAUAUGUCGACCUGUCAAACUGCCCGUUUACCUGUCCAUUUUCUCACCUGGCUGUCUAACUGCGAGUUUGCUCACCUUUAUGUUUACCUAUCAGUCUGCUCACCUGUCUGUGCUUUACCUUUUUGCUGAUUGACUCCCAGUCUUAGACGAUGAUAGAAAUAUUGUCCAAUCAGAGCUCUUGUUCUUGAGCUGAGCUGUAAUUGGUUAAGAGUUGUCAGGUGAUGUUGUGACAUCAUCAGGUUAACACUGAGGAAGCCAAUCAAAAUAAAAUGUCACUUUUAUAUUUCCUUUUUUGGUAAACUCAGCAGAACAGGUGUUGGAAUUUUGUGCUAUUUGUGCGCAAGCCCCGCCCCCUCACACCUGAUCAGCGUUUCCUUUCUUUACUUCUUCUUUCAGACGUCAGAGAAGGUGGAGAAGGUCUUCCUGCUUACGGAGCCAUGUGACGAGGAUCAACCAAUGGUGGAGCAGCCUCAGGUAGUGACAGGAAGUCUUGUUGGUCCACCCCCUAUAAACCCCCCGCCCCCACCGCCAGGGGCCAGCAUGACGCAUAAUGAUGAUGCCACCGAGGACUGGGCCAGUGAUGACGACAGUAACAGAGCUAAUGAUGCUAACCAGGCUAAUUUUCAUGCUGCUAAACGCGUGGUCAAUGAUGAUGAUGUCAGUGACGAUGAGCCCAGUAGCGAGGCGAGUGAUGAUGAUGAUGCUAGUGACGCCAGUGAAGAUGCUAUCAGUGUGUUAGCUCAGGCUGCUGUGGAGGAGGCCGUGGAGGCUGCACUCAGACAAGACCAGAGUCCAGAGGCUAAUGAUGCUAAUCAGGAUAGCAUCAAUGCUAACAUUACAGAUAGCCACAGUGAGCAGCAGCUAACUAGCAUGGAGGCUAACAACAGCCCAGGCCCCAGACCCUGUUCUGUCUUGGGCUCCCGAACCACCACUGAUCUGUACGAUCGUUACCAUGACGACAAGGAUUCUGAGAACUCGGAGGAGGACGAGGAGGGAUGGAGGUUCGGAGAAAACUCCCCUCCUCCCUCUUCAUCGCACCGCAGCUCCUUCCCCUCGACCAAUCAGACGCAGCCCUCAGACCACAGUGAUGAUGGUGAAGAUGAAGAGUCAGAACCUCUACAGGAGGUAACACCUGAGACUGAUUCUGGCCCGGUCAUUCCAACCCUGUACACCCAGACCUGCUUCUUUAACCCCUCUGGAAACCCUACCCCCAUCAAUCCAGACCCAGUUGGACCGUCCUUAAGUGAUCCAGACCCAUUUCCUCCUACCCGCUGAACCUUAGAUGAUCUCAGAUCCACCUGAUUUAAACCCACCUGACCCGUUUCACCAUACCUGCCCUAACGUAAUCAGCCCGAGCCCCUGAACCAUGUACCAAGUUAAUCCAGACCUAGUUGAUCCAGAACUGUUAUUCCAGCCCAGAUCAUUUUGCCUGACAAAUCUUGCCCCAGUAAACCCAGUCCUGUUACCAGCCCAUGUUAACUCAGCCUUUGUAAACGUGCCCCACUAAAUCUAAUCCAUCCCAAGGUGGUCGAGCUAAACUGAAAGUGAAGUUAUUUGGGGAUUAGUAAAUUAAGAGUAAAUUUGGUUUGGAUUAAUAAUCUGAAAUCAUGUUGUGUCCUGUCAGGAGGUCCCGGUGAUGAGGAAGACUCUUACAUAUGAAGUUCCUGGGGUGAGGACUUUCAAUGAUCUACCUUUAGACUUCACCUGCACCUGUCCAUAGAGGUACAACCAAUCAGGAUCCGGUCAGUUACCUGUUCUCGUGUUUGUGUGUCUGCUUCCCAGAGCCGAGUGGACUCUGAUCCUCCUGCAGGUCUGCUGCUGAGUUCUCAAACCUUCACGGCAGAGACCUCCAACACCAGCACCACCACCCACAUCACCAAGGUAACACCUGUAGUCAUGGUAACCAGACUCUACAGUGACAUCAAACAUCACCAUGGUGACACUGGUUCAAGAUCCAGAAAGAAAAACCUUUAGAAAACAAGAAAUAUUGUGAAAUAUUUAAAGACUGACAAAAAUCUGAAGUGAAAAAACGAGUUUGAUGAUCUGUGUUUGUUUUUAGACACUGAAAGGAGGAAUCUCAGAAACCAGAAUCGAGAAGAGAAUUGUGAUUUCAGGAGACACAGAGAUCGACCAUGACCAGGUACCGAACACCGGAUUAUUCAAAAACAAAAAAACAAACCGUGAACUUAAAGAAACCACAGAUUGACCUGAAACUAGACCUGGGCUGACCCGGAACAGACAUCAGUAUUUCUUGAACAUGUAGGGUCUCGGCAGACCUGAAAAUAGAUGAACGUUAACUCUUGGGACAAGUCUUGUAUGGAUUUAGAUCCAGCUAAUAUAGAUCUUAAUCUGGGCCUGGAAUUACUGGAAUAGAUUGUACCAAAUUGUCCUUAAACAACCUUGAAGGAACCUUGACAGACCUAUUGAGAAAAACUUGGACUGAUCUCAGCAGACUCGAGGGGGUAGACCUGGUUGACUAGGGACAGACUGCCCGACCUGGAUUUACCUCAGAUUGGCCUGAUUUAACCUUAUAAGAAUUGUGACUCAUCUGGAUAAACCUUGGGCUGACUUGGCUCAAGUUUAACCUCAGAUAGGCUUGGAUUAACUGCAAUGAAAGCUUGAUUAACCUAUGACAGACUUAAACUGACCUGGACAGACCUGGAUAAUGACCUUGAUUUACUGGGGACAGAUAGAUCUUGGUCUACCUGAAACAGACCGAGAUUUUGAGUUGAGAUUACCUGGGAUAUAUCUGGACUGACUUGCAUCCGACUGGACACAGACCUGAAUGGACCUGGGACAAACCUGGACUGACCUGGAUUGACCUGAACAGUACCUAAUAAAUUAAAAUAAGUCAGAACAGACCUGAAAAGGACCCCGGUCCAGUAUGAGGAGGUCACUUUUGACCUGGACCUAGACUUGACCUGGACUAAAAUGAGACCUAUCCCUGACAUGGACCUACAUUUGAUUCCGGGUUGGAUCUGAUUCUGACUUUGACCUUGACCUGGACCUGAACCGGGCUGGCUCUGAUCCGGUGUCUCUGUUAAAGGCUCUGGCAGAGGCGCUGAGUGAGGCGCGGCGGCAGCAUCCUGAGCUGUCCGUCACUCGUGUGGUGGUUCAUAAAGAAACAGAGGUCUCACCUGAUCAUGUCGUUGAUUAGUGAAAUCACAGGUAACACAGAGAGGCAGGCUCUGCCCCUUCAGGUGUAGACAAGCUGCUGAUUGGCUGGUGCAUGGAACACUUUUUAACAUCGUGUUGACGCACAAACGCUGAUGAUCAGGAAGACAAACAGGAAAUGAUCAGUGACGUUCAAGAGCUCCAGAUUGGCCAAGAGAACACAAGAGGAGCAGAGUGGUUCUGAUUGGCUGAGAGAUAACAUGACAAAAAGACUGGUGUCUGAUUGGAUUAAAUGUUGUGGUAGGAGGAGCCUGGAGGACAAAGGGCUGUGCUGAUGCAUCCUCUUAUUAAAUUAGGAAUUGUCAGGAUCAUGUGACCAAACAAUCAAACUUCCUGAUCAGUCAGCUGAUCAUUGAUCAACCAAUCAAGUGGGUUGUUGAUCAUUUAUUAUAACAACACAUCAUCAAUCACAUCCCAUUUUGCUAGGACUUCAUACGAACUGCAGUUGCCUUAGGACAUCAGCUUAAACCACAGGUAAUGAAUGUGGCCCCGCCCCCUGAAGCACAAUCAAAGACACAUCAACAUGCUAUGCUAAUAGUGCGUUCAAAUCGCCUCGGGAGUCAGAUGACCGAGCUGGGAAUGACGUCACACCUGAGUUACCAGCGUCGGAAAAAAGCAAAAUGGGAGGCGGAAACAAGUUAGCUACAUCUUAGAAAGUUAUUUUAGCGCUUGACUUGUCCUUGCUUGUAUUUGGACUUGGCAAGCGCAGAAAUAACUUUGUGUGACGUCAUUCCCAGCUCGGACUUCUGACUUCUGAGGUAUCUUGAACGCAGCAUAUGCCAUGCUAACAUCUUCGACCAUGCCUACAAGCUUGCUGUGCUAUGCUGACAUGCUAAUUAGCAUGUGCAUGUAGUUCCCGUCAGGGUAACUUGCCCUGGGUCACGAGAUGGUUAAAUAGCAAAUAGCAGAGAAAAUCAUGCCAUUAUUACAAAAAAAUGAUUUAUAAAUCGUCGUCAUCGUUUUCUUCCGCUUCAUACUGGGUCCGGGUAGCGGGGGCAGCAGCUUCAGGAGUGAAGCCCAGGCGGCCCUCACCCCAGCCACUUCCACCAGCUCCUCUGGGGGGAUUCCCAGGCGCUCCCAGGCCAGGCGAGAGAUAUAAUCCCUCCACCUGGUCCUGGGCCGGCCACGAGGUCUCCUCCCGGUGGGACAUGUCUGGAACACCUCUAAUGGGAGGCGUCCAGAAGGCGUCCUAACCAGAUGCCCGAGCCACCUCAACUGACUCCUCUGGACGUGGAGGAGCAGCGGUUCUCCUCUGAGCGCCUCCCGAGUGUCCGAGCUCCUUACCCUAUCUCUAAGGCUGAGCCCGGACACCCUGAGGAGGAAACCCAUUUCAGCCGCUUGUAUCUGCGAUCUUGUUCUUUCGGUCAUUACCCAAAGUUCAUGACCAUAGGUGAGGAUCGGCACGUAGAUCGACCGGUAAAUCAAGAGUCUCUCCUUACGGCUCAGCUCUUUCUUCACCACGACUGAUCGGUUAAGCGUCUGCAUCACUGCUGACGCCGCUCCGAUCCGCCUGUCGAUCUCCCGUUCCAUCCUACCCUCACUCGUGAACAAGAUCCCGAGAUACUUGAACUCCUCCACUUGAGGCAGGACCGCCCCUCCGACCUGGAGAAGGUGAUCUACCUUUUUCCGACUGAGGACCAUGGCCUCAGACUUGGAGGUGCUGAUUCACAUCCCAGUCGCGAACCGCCCCAACAAGAACAAAAUAUUUGAUCAGUUAAUUAUUUUAAUUUUACUGAAUAUGAUCUUGAUGAAAUCAAUAAUAUUAUUACUAUAUUGUUUUAACUGAGUAUACUCUCAGGUAAAUAAUCACACUUAUUUAUAUUUCAGAUUCAAAAUAUUUUUGAAUCUUUUCUAUUUUGUUGUUUAUCUUCUAGAGUGUUCCGGAAGGCUUUGAUGUCCUGGAAUGUUCCGGAAUGUUCCAUGGUGUUCCGGAAUGUUCUUUGACGUUUGGCUCAGUGUUUUUUUUUUCCCUCUCUUUCAGGAUUGACUCACGCCCCCCCUGGUGCAUUAUGGGAGAAGCAGUUCAGAGCACAGACUGAGACACUGUUUUACAGCCAGCCAACAUUCAUGGAACUCUGGAUGUAUACACACAUACACAUGCAUGCUCACCUGUACACACUGAUAUACACACACACAUACACACAUACAGUAUGUACACAGUAGCACCUGUCUGUCUGGAGGGGCGGGGCCAGUGGCUGAGUUAGCUUCAGUUAGCAUUAAUGUGAUAAAAAGAAUAGAUUUAGCCCAGCGCACUUUUCAUUUCAUGUCAUUUAUGGACUAAAAACCUUAAAGAGGUGAGAGACAGACAGACAGACAGACAGACAGACAGGUGAGAGACAGACAGACAGACAGACAGGUGAGAGACAGACAGACAGACAGGUGAGAGACAGACAGACAGACAGACAGGUGAGAGACAGAUAGGGGGAGCAUUCAUCAUCUCACCAGCAUUUACAGGUGGUCGAUCUCACAUCAACUUUGACCAAAAGUUACCUGACCUGAGCAUUUCCUUUCAGCUAAGGAGGCCCCGCCCCCACACCUGACACACCAACAGGUAAAGGCAGACAGCUGAUUGGUUGUCUAAGUUAGCAGAGUGUUUUUUGAUUAGAGGAAGCAGUUUCAACGUUUGCAUUAAGUGACUGGAGCUUUUAUUCUGAUAGUCUGGUCUGACCAGUUUCCUGUCUGAAAUACUGAUUAGCAUGAAUGCUAAUAAUUCAACCGCUAUAUGUAUAGCAGCAAGAUUUAGCUUUGUAUUUACCCACAAUGCAAUAGUUAUGUGCCAUUCAGUGACAACCCAUUUUUUUAAUCACCUAUCUCACCUGUCUCUGAAUCUAUUAAGGAGUCUGUAUAUUUAACAGGUUAUUUGAUUGAUUAGAUGAUCAAUUAAACAACUUGUUAAUUAAAGUAAACUCCUCCCCCUCAUCCAGGUGAUGUUAUUACAGGUUAUUUAUAGUCUGACUUAUUUCAAGCCACGCCCAAUCCUUCAUUUCUGCAGGUUCUAGUUCUUCACAUUGACCACUCCCCUUUGUAUCAUUUUACACAUUGACCACAAGUGUUUGACCUUUAGAACACGCCCCCUCGGUUCAAGUCAAUACAUUGACCACGCCCCCUGGUAUGAGGUCACAUUACGCUGUUAUUUUCAUGAUGAAAGAUUCAAAGUGACUGAAUGUAUCUUUACCCUGAAACAACAAUAAACACCGAAAACUGAUGAACAAGA